AUGAACCCAACCAAUGGCAUUUUGGAAGCAUCAGGGGCACCAUCUCUUACUUGGCAACUGGAGAAAGGAUACCUUUCCAGUUCUGAAUCGGAUGAUGAGCUAGAAUCUGAUUCCACAGAGUUUGUGGGGUCGAGAUCAGAUUCAAGUCAGUCUAAGGGGUCUGAGUCUGGCAUUCUCGGGGGUGGUAACCUAGAUGCCAAGGUCCUGUCUAGACAGUUUGCAGAAAGAGAACAUCUUAUAACUACCUCAUUGUCUAAACCUAUUCAUGUUGAGACACCUUUAGGAGGAGCAGCUACUCUUCAUGAGGAGAUACCUGGACUUCCACCUCGACGCGUAGUAGAAUUUCACAUUGACCUAGUGCUGGGAACUGCAUCGAUUUCUAAGGUGGCAUAUAAAAUAAUGCCUAAAGAUCUUGUGAAGAUAAAGAAGCAGCUGGAAGAGAUGCUUCAAAAAGGGUUCAUAUGUUCAAGUAACCUUUCGUGGGGAGCACCCGGGGCAGCCGUUUUCUCUCAGUUUGAUCUCAGAACAGGUUACCAUCAGAUAGGUGUGUCUGAGGAAAGUAUACUGCUUACUGCUUUUCGGACUCAGUAUGGGUUGUACGAAUUUCUUGUAAUGCCUUUUGUGUAUUCUAAGAAUGCGGAAGAGCACAAAGAACACUUGAAAGUCGUGUUGCAGACUUUGAGGGAGCAACAAUUAUACGAUAAGUUCAGUGUCACUUUUGGGAGAAAAAAGUUUAGUUUUUGGGACAAGUUGUGUCCAAUCAAGGGAUAG